AUGUCCUCCUCAACGCAGGUCCUACCGCAACCAAUCCGCACUGACCCAAGGGGCAUUUACGCAGCAUUCUUUAUUGGGUCUAUCCUCACAGCAUCGCUGUUUGGUCUAACUAGCAUUCAAGCUUUUAUCUACUUUCGGACGCAUGCUGGUAGAUGGACAAAAUUUUAUAGGCUCAUCGUCUUGUUUCUUUGGAUACUCGAUGCUACGCAUACGACGUUGGUCGUCCAUUGCGUCUAUUUUUAUUUGGUGACCAACCUCGCAAAAAUCCCUACGCUCAGAGAGGUUGUAUGGAGUUUUAGACUUCAGAUUGUGUUCAACACAUGCACCCGCAGAUUCUCAUCGUAUUUCUUCGCUACAAAUGCGUUUGACACGACUGAUGCGGCGAAUCUAGUUGGCAGAGAUCGCGCAAGAUUUUUUCGUAUAAUACCGGGCAUAGUCAUCGUCUCAGGUUCAGGUGUUGCCAGCUUUCUGAUUUGGGUAUUAUAUAAUCACAAAAUUCCGACUGGAAUGUUUUUGAACCGGUGGACCGUUUUCAUGGCUUUCGGCGUAGCUACUUUCCUGGAUGUGCUCAUUACAUCCUCGCUAUGGUAUCUCCUCGCUAGCUCCCGCACUGGGUGCUCUGAUAUAUGUGCAUUGACAUCUAUCACCAUAGUAAGGUUCCAAUCGUUGUACCCUCCAUCCCGGCUCUCAGGUCACCUACAGUGCGCAGUGAUGCCAUACAGCUUCGUCUUCUUCACCCUUCAAUUUUUAAUAGCCAAACAUUCAUCUCAAGUCUACGUCAACUCGUACAUCGCACUUCUGAACGUGGGAUACUACACACAAUCAUCCAACGCAAGUCCCAUCAAUUCUUUCGAACUUCGUGAGCCCCGGAGAGACUCCAAUGACACCAAUCCCGGGCUGGACGAUCUGUCGCAGGAGAAAUUCCCAUCAUUUCGGAGAAGCAUGCUCGCUCAUCCCGAAGUUGAAGUGGCAUCUCCCACUCGACCCUUGGGAGCUGCCAUGUCUGUCGAGUGCAAGCAGUUAACGUUUCAAGUUCGAUGUGACGACGUUGGAUUCGAGCCGGGAACUUCGGAAUCGUCGUAUAGGCAUACAUGCGGGAGGGAGAUGUCGUGUUCUGUUCAUAUUCCACCUAUCACGGGCAUUCUUGUCGAUGCCCUUUUUGUGAAGGCAAGCAUUCAUCAUUACCCUGAAGAAGUGUUCAUAAGGAUUGCAAAAGGGGAGAUGCGAAAGGGCACCGGGGUCCUGUAG